UAUGAGCAGUGUUCAGCGGGUCGAGAACACGCUCGGUACUCCGUGAAGAGUUUGAAAAAUGCCUGAGCGUGCGACCGUUUCUAAUCCUAUAUCUAAAACAGUUUAUCUUUUACUCGAAGAUGGUUCUGUCUUCGCGGGAAGACAUUUCGGCGCGGAAAAACCGGUUGAUGGUGAAAUAGUGUUUCAGACUGGUAUGGUGGGUUACCCAGAAUCACUCACAGAUCCUUCUUACCACGCUCAAAUUUUAGUGCUGACAUAUCCGAUAAUUGGAAAUUAUGGAGUAUUUGACGACGAGGUGGACAACCAUAAAAUACCAUAUUGGUUCGAAUCUCAUCGAAUUUGGGCGGCUGCUCUGGUGGUCGGUGAGAUAUGCGAAACACCGAGCCAUUGGCGGCAAACCAGGACACUGUCCAAAUGGAUGAAGGAACAAAAUAUACCAGGCAUAUACGAAAUCGAUACCAGAGCUCUGACAAAGAUUAUUCGAGAGAAAGGCACUAUAUUAGGUAGAAUCGUGUUCGAUCCACCAGUUUCUAAUCCCGUUGCCUCCUUGAUUCCUCCGAUAGCGGACCCGAACAGCAGACAUCUCGUCGCGGAAGUGGUCCAGCCUGUACAAAGGACAUACAAUUCCGCUGGUUAUCCUCGCAUAUGCGUAAUAGACUGCGGUCUAAAGUACAAUCAAUUGAGAUGCUUGAUUAGUCGAGGUGCUCGCGUAGACGUUGUGCCUUGGAAUUACGAUUUAAACAAUGCCACUUACGACGGCUUGUUCCUUAGCAAUGGACCAGGCGAUCCGAACAAGUGCGAAACAACGGUGGAAAGUAUUCGAUCCAUCCUGAAAUCCGACAUACAAAAACCGAUUUUUGGUAUUUGCUUGGGUCAUCAGUUGCUCUGCAUCGCCGCUGGUUGCGUCACAUAUAAGAUGAACUACGGCAACCGUGGUCACAAUCAACCAGUCACGCAUCACGGAACCGGUCGCUGUUACAUGACCUCACAGAAUCAUGGAUUUGCUGUCGAUGCAAAACAAUUACCAGAUAAUUGGGAACCACUCUUCACCAAUACCAACGACAAUAGCAACGAAGGUGUCGUACAUUCGACGCUUCCUUACUUUUCGGUUCAGUUUCAUCCGGAACACAUUGCCGGUCCUCAAGAUCUGGAAUGCCUGUUCGAUGUAUUUUUGGAAGCCGUGAUCGACAAUGCGAGCAAAAAACAAUCAAUUUCUAUGAAGGAAAGACUUAUUAAAAAAUUGAGCUAUAGUAGCGACAACAUGAUAGGUUUACCUAUACGACCGAAGAAAGUGUUGAUCUUGGGAUCGGGUGGUCUCAGUAUCGGUCAAGCGGGUGAAUUCGAUUAUUCCGGAUCGCAAGCGAUCAAGGCGUUACGCGAAGAAUGCGUGCAGACGUUACUGAUCAAUCCAAAUAUAGCGACCGUGCAAACGUCAAAAGGCAUGGCGGAUAAGGUUUACUUUCUGCCGAUUAUACCGGAAUACGUGGAACAGGUAAUACAAUCGGAGCGGCCCGAUGGUGUCCUCUUGACAUUUGGCGGACAGACUGCUCUCAAUUGUGGCGUUGAACUCGAGAAGAAUGGAGUAUUUCAGAAAUAUAAUAUCAGAAUUUUAGGAACGCCUAUACAGUCGAUCAUAGAGACGGAAGAUAGAAAGAUCUUCGCAGAACGUAUCGCGGAGAUCAAUGAAAACGUGGCGCCAAGUGCGGCGGUCUAUUCUAUCGAAGAGGCAUUAGAUGCAGCAGAAAAAUUGGGCUACCCAGUAAUGGCUAGAGCAGCGUUUUCUCUUGGAGGAUUGGGGUCCGGUUUCGCGAACUCCAAGAAAGAACUACGAAACCUCGCUCAACAGGCGUUCGCUCAUUCGACUCAAUUGAUCAUCGAUAAAUCAUUGAAAGGCUGGAAAGAGGUGGAAUACGAGGUCGUUCGGGAUGCGUACGACAAUUGUAUCACAGUUUGCAACAUGGAGAACGUGGAUCCUCUUGGCAUCCAUACCGGGGAAUCGAUCGUAAUCGCUCCAAGUCAAACACUGUCUAAUAUGGAGUAUAAUAUGCUUCGGACGACCGCUAUCAAUGUGAUUAGACACUUUGGAAUUGUCGGCGAAUGCAAUAUUCAAUACGCUCUGAAUCCAAACACCAAGGAGUAUUAUAUAAUCGAAGUAAAUGCCAGAUUAUCCCGUAGCUCGGCAUUAGCAAGCAAAGCUACCGGUUAUCCGUUGGCUUACGUAGCCGCAAAACUUGCUCUUGGUAUUCGUUUGCCGGAUAUCCAUAAUUCCGUUACAGGAAAGACUACGGCUUGUUUCGAGCCUAGUCUAGAUUAUUGCGUGGUUAAAAUACCGAGAUGGGAUCUGAGCAAAUUUCAACGAGUCAGUACAAAGAUUGGUAGCUCUAUGAAAAGCGUGGGAGAAGUGAUGGCGAUUGGUCGCAAAUUCGAAGAAGCUUUUCAGAAAGCGUUGAGGAUGGUUGACGAGAACAUCAAUGGUUUCGACCCGUACGUGAAAACUCCCAACGACGAAGAAUUGGAAAAGCCAACUGAUAAAAGAAUGUUCGUCCUUGCAGCGUCCAUAAAGGCUGGAUAUACGAUCGAUCGAUUGUACGAACUCACAAAAAUAGACAGGUGGUUUUUGCACAAGAUGAAAAAUAUUAUCGAUUAUUAUUUAGUAUUGGAGAGUACAGAUCAUACAAAGUUAUCGCACGAGGUUUUACUACGAGCGAAGCAAAUUGGAUUUUCCGAUAAACAGAUAGCAGCUGCGGUUAAGAGUUCGGAAUUAGCAGUUAGAAUACAAAGACAGGAGAGUAAUAUACGACCAAUGGUCAAACAGAUAGACACUGUUGCUGCGGAGUGGCCAGCGACGACAAAUUAUCUUUAUUUGACAUAUAAUGGCACUACGCACGAUGUAGAAUUUCCUGGCGGAUACACCAUGGUUAUAGGAUCUGGAGUUUACAGAAUCGGCAGUUCUGUAGAAUUCGACUGGUGUGCCGUUAGUUGUUUGCGCGAAUUACGAAACUUGGGAAGAAAGACGAUCAUGGUGAACUACAAUCCGGAAACAGUUAGUACCGACUACGACAUGAGCGAUCGAUUGUACUUCGAAGAAAUAUCGUUCGAAGUCGUGAUGGAUAUUUAUGAUCACGAAUGUCCGGAAGGAAUAAUUUUAUCGAUGGGCGGCCAAUUGCCGAACAAUAUCGCUAUGGAUCUUCACAGACAACAAGCUAGAAUUCUUGGCACUUCACCGGAAUCUGUCGACGGAGCUGAAAAUCGUUUCAAAUUUUCUCGUAUGUUGGAUGGCAUUGGAAUUUCGCAACCCAGGUGGAAGGAGUUGACCAACUUGAAGUCCGCGAUCGAAUUUUGCGAAGAAGUCGGCUAUCCGUGUUUAGUGCGUCCUUCUUACGUAUUGAGUGGUGCUGCCAUGAACGUGGCCCAUUCGCAUAACGACCUCGAGUCGUAUUUGAAAAGUGCCAGCGAAGUGAACAAGGAGCAUCCAGUGGUUAUAUCAAAGUUUAUUCUCGAAGCGAAGGAGAUAGACGUCGAUGCAGUUGCGUAUGAUGGAAUUAUUCUUUGCAUGGCGGUAUCAGAACACGUGGAGAACGCUGGCGUUCAUUCGGGUGACGCUACACUGGUCACACCACCUCAGGAUAUCAACGCAGAGACCUUAACGAAGAUUAAAAUGAUGUCCAAGGCCAUUGCCGCGUCUCUUGGCGUCACUGGUCCCUUUAACAUGCAACUGAUCGCAAAGGACAACGAGCUGAAGGUCAUCGAGUGCAACGUUAGAGUAUCAAGAUCUUUCCCGUUCGUGUCGAAAACUCUGGAUCAUAAUUUCGUAGCUAUGGCUACGCGACUGAUCGUCGGCGAGCCUGUAGAUCCAGUGGACGUACUUGCUGGAUGUGGCAAAGUCGGUGUUAAAGUGCCACAAUUUUCUUUCUCGCGUCUUGCUGGUGCCGACGUAAUGUUAGGAGUUGAGAUGGUAUCCACAGGGGAAGUCGCCUGUUUCGGAGACAAUCGGUACGAGGCUUACUUGAAGGGAAUGAUGAGUACCGGUUUUCAUAUACCACAGAAAGGCAUCUUGCUCUCGAUUGGAAGUUUCAAGCACAAAAUGGAACUGUUACCCUCGAUUCGUAGUCUUCACAAGAUGGGUUAUAAAUUAUACGCCAGCAUGGGGACCGCAGAUUUCUACACAGAGCACGGAGUAGAGGUGGAACCUGUUCAAUGGACUUUCGAGAAUAUCACUGUCGAUGAAGAUUCCAGCCCCAGUGAACUUCGACACUUGGCUGAUUUCCUUUCGAAGAAACAAUUCGAUCUCGUCAUUAAUUUACCGAUGAGAAACGGCGGAGUGCGUCGUGUUUCCAAUUUCAUGACGCAUGGUUACAGAACCAGAAGACUCGCUGUCGACUAUUCCGUUCCUUUAAUUACAGAUGUUAAAUGCGCGAAAUUACUCGUCGAGGCUAUGAGAAUGCUCGGUGGACGUGCGCCUCGUAUGAAGACUCAUACAGAUUGCAUGUCAUCGCGUACGAUGAUUAAACUUCCUGGUUUAAUCGACAUUCACGUACACACACGCGAUCCCGGCGCUGUUUACAAAGAAGAUUUCGCUUCUUGUACCGCCGCUGCUCUUGCUGGUGGUAUCACGAUGAUCUUGGCGAUGCCUAACACAAAUCCUGCUGUGAUCGAUCAUCAAUCCUUUGCCCUGGCCAAAGAACAUGCAGUUUUGAACGCGAGAUGCGACUACGCGAUUUACGUUGGUGCCUCGUCCGAUAAUCACGACAUAACAGGCGAAUUAGCUCCGUUAGCAGCUGGUCUUAAAAUGUAUCUUAAUGAGACGUUCACGACUCUUCGAUUGACCGAUCUCACGGUGUGGGUUAAGCAUUUCCAAAAUUGGGCAAAGAAAUAUCCUCUUUGCGUUCAUGCCGAGGGCCAAACGACAGCUGCGGUCCUUUUAUUGGCUGGUUUGCAUAACAGGCCGAUUCACGUGUGCCAUGUAGCUCGGAAGGAAGAGAUUCAAAUAAUACGCGCAGCUAAGGAAAAAGGAAUGGCUGUCACUUGCGAGGUGUGCCCUCAUCACUUAUUCCUAUGCGAAGAAGAUCUUGGGCGCAUAGGAGCUGGUCGAGGUCAGGUGAGGCCGUUGUUGGGGACCAAAGAAGAUCAACAAGCUCUUUGGGAUAAUUUGGAUAUAAUCGAUUGUUUCGCGACAGAUCAUGCGCCGCAUACCGUGCAAGAGAAAUCGGGUGAAAAACCGCCACCCGGCUUUCCUGGACUCGAGACGAUGCUUCCGCUUUUGCUGACUGCAGUUCACGAAGGAAAAUUAACAAUAGAGGAUAUGGUAGACAAACUGUAUAAAAAUCCAAAGAGGAUCUUCAAUCUGCCGGAUCAGCCGAAUACCUACAUCGAAGUCGACCUUGACGAUGAAUGGGUGAUACCGGAAGCGAUGCCUUUCAGCAAGUCAAAAUGGACACCUUUCGCAGGGAUGAAAGUUCGUGGAUCGGUUCAUCGCGUAGUGCUUCGUGGAGAAGUUGCCUACGUCGAAGGCCAAGUUCUGGUGAAUCCUGGUUUUGGCCAAGAUAUCAGAGAGAUGCAAACGAAGAUGAAAGCGCAAACGGUUGUAAAUGCUCCGGUAAUUGAUGUAAUAUCUCACAGUCGACCUAAUUCGGCGUUGGACGGACUCCUGUCGCCGAAUUACGAAAAGUACAACGAACGGAUGAUAACGGACAUGUCGGAAGAAGAACAACAUGAAUCAUACGGGCAUCUGUUGCAACCGAUGUCGCACAAAGUGUCGAACGUUCACUUUGCCCUGGACGUAGAUUCCCGCGAGCACACGAAGCUUCAAACGAUUCAACAACGCACCAUCUCGCCCAUUCCUAUUGGCAACGCGACGAAAUACAAGAGCGACAGUAAUCCGAAUCUUUUAAUAACUUCUAUGUCAACGGUUUUCUCGACUCACACUAGCCACAAUAUAAUUGGACAUAAUAUCUUGACCGUGGACAUCUUCAACAAAGAAUUGCUGAAAGACAUUUUCAAUUAUGCGGAAAUUCUUCGCGGCGCUGUUAGAAAAGAACGACAUUUGGAUCAUAUUCUACGGGGAAAGGUGAUGGCGUCCAUCUUCUACGAAGUCAGUACGAGAACAUCUUGCAGCUUCGCGUCUGCGAUGGAACGACUCGGAGGUCGAGUGAUUUACAUGGAUGGUUCAACGUCGUCGGUAAAGAAAGGAGAAAGUUUGGAAGAUUCGGUAGCGGUGAUGGCAGGCUAUGCGGAUGUAGUGGUUCUUCGACAUCCUGAACCUGGCGCCGUUUCAAGAGCUGCACAACACUGCAGAAAACCUUUAUUGAACGCCGGCGACGGUGUUGGGGAACAUCCAACUCAAGCGUUACUCGAUAUUUUUACGAUAAGAGACGAGAUCGGUACGGUGAAUGGCUUAACGAUCACUAUGGUGGGCGAUUUGAAACAUGGUAGAACAGUCCAUUCACUAUCAAGAUUGUUGACUUUGUACAAUGUUGAACUUCGUUACGUGUGCCCACCUGGCCUUGGUAUGCCUGACCACGUGGUGAAGUACGUGUACGAACGCGGAAUAACGCAGGAACAAUUCAGCACCCUCGAGGAUGCUCUUCCCGACACGGAUGUCCUUUACAUGACACGCAUUCAGAGAGAACGUUUCGCCACACAAGAAGAGUAUAAUAAAGUUUGCGGUCAUUUCGUAAUAACUCCGCAAUUGAUGUCUCGCGCGAAGAGGAAGAUGGUAGUGAUGCAUCCCUUGCCACGAGUGAACGAAAUCAGUACAGAAUUUGACACGGACCCACGUGCCGCGUACUUCCGGCAGGCUGAAAAUGGUGUCUACGUUCGAAUGGCUCUUUUGGCAAUGGUCCUUGGCCGUAUGUGGUGACGCAUUCCAGGGUGAAAAGCAAAGUUGAUUUAAUAGGUCAAGAUCGAUUCGGUUUUAGAAAUAUAAGCAAUAACGCAGAAACCUGAAGAAAACAAACAAGACGAUGCCAAUCGCAUUUCCAAUUAGACUGUGAUUCGCAUAAUAGGGUUUUAUUAUCAACCAAUAUUUUUAUAUUUUGAUAGAUACGGAUCCAGAUGAUAUAUAUAUAUAUAUGCUGUCGUUGACUCGAAAUAACAAAUCGUUAUACAUGUUCAUUCAGAUUGUAUGAUAAGCAGGUAAUGUGUUUUUAUUAAACGUUGGUGUAAUUCGAUAAGAAUGCGUUUUGAUAAAAUUUUAUCUCUACGUAAGACUUUUAAGAAGGCAAGAAAAUUUUACAUCACACGAUUUCCACUGUGUCCUUGUAUCAUUGUAUAUGUGCCUGAUCAAACCACACAAAUGCAAGAUAAUAAAAUCUUUUAUUUUUGACAAUA